AUGAAGGAAGUACCCUAUGCAGAAGCCAUUGGGAGUGUAAUGUACUCCAUGAUUAGCACCAGGCCAGAUAUUGCCUAUGCAGUGAGUGUGUUGAGUAGAUACAUGUCCAAUCCAGGAGUAGAACAUUGGAAAGGGUUGAAAUGGCUGCUGAGAUACUUGAAGGCUACAACCAAAGUUGGUUUACAGUUUGUCAAGUCAGAAACAAAGGUAUAUCUUGAAGGAUAUGUUGAUGCAGAUUAUGCAUCAAAUAGAGAUACUAGGAAAUCCAUAACUAGCUACUGUUUCUUACUGAAUGGAUGUUGUGUCAGUUGGAAAGUUCAGUUGCAACAAGUGGUGGCACUCUCAACAACUGAAGCAGAAUUCAUGGCCACCACUGAGGCUUUCAAGGAGGCUGUUUGGAUCAAAGGAUUAUUGAAUGAGAUUCAAUUGUUAACAGGCAAGGUGAAUGUGUUCUCGGACAGCCAAUCAGCUAUUCAUCUUUGUAGAAAUCCAGUUUAUCAUGAGAGGUCAAAACACAUUGACAUCAGAUUGUUUUGGAUCAGAGAUAAGAUAGAGGAAGGAGAAGUAGAACUUGGAAAGGUACCUAGUGAAGAAAAUCCUGCAGAUGCAGGUACUAAAGUUCUCUCAGUCAGUAAGUUCCAACAUUGCUUGGAACUACUGAAUAUAACCUCUCUUUAA